CUCGCUGCCGCAGCGUGCCUGUCUCUCGGGGGGCGGUCUACGAAUUUAAGGGUUCCGGAGAGGGCCUCUGGAAGCAGCGCGGUGCUCAUGGACCUGGCACAGCAGGGCUGGGUGACGUCUGAGGAUGUGGCUGUGUACUUCUCCCGGGAGGAGUGGGGGCUGCUCGACGUGGCUCAGCGGCGGCUCUACUGCGACGUGAUGCUGGGGAACUUCAUGCUCCUGUCCUCACUGGGUUUAUGGCACAGAGCCCGGGCUGAGCACGGUGCGUCUCGGGUCAGGACCCCAGGGCCAGGCCCGGCCUCCCGGAAGACCCGGCCUUGCGGCGCAUGCGGCUUGCUCCUGAAAGCCAUUCUGCACCUGGCUGCGCAGCGCGGGCCGCGACCCGGGCAGGAGCUGCGCGCGCGUCUGGAAGACCUUUACCGCCACCCGGGGCCGGCAUCCCGAGUGAGUUGUCCUGGCGCUGACACGUGUGGGCCGUGGUUUCUGGAGCGGCCCCGAGGUCCCGGGGCAGAGGGGCCCCUCGUGGACAAGGCGGGUGCGCGGGGCCUCCAGCAGCCCGUGGGCCAAGGUGCUGGGGCGCCCCGCAGGAAGGCCCUCCGGCAUGGACAAAGCGACCCCCACGGCCAGGAAGAACGCGGGAAGGACUUCUGCCCCCAACACAGGCUUCGUGAGCCCCAAAGGACCUGCCCCAGGGAAGGGCCGCAUGUGUGCGGCGAGUGCGGGAGGCAGUUCAGGCACACAUCCAGCCUUGCGAGGCACCAGCAGAAGCACGCAUGCGUGGAGGCCUUCAAGCUCAAGUGUGGUGUCCUGGAGCAGGCGUGGAUCCACCCGGCGAAGCUGGCCUUCGCGAGCAAGACCCACCCCACGCUGCACCGCGCAGGCCUCCCCGAGGGGCGUCUGGCCCCGGGGUCUGGCCGUGAGGAGCACCUGGAAAGCCCGUCCGGGCCGCCGCCGCCCACGUGCGGCCCCUGUGGGAAGGCGCAUCUCACGCAGUCCCACCUCCUCAGUUACCAGCGAGUCGACUCAGGGGAGCGGCCCCAUGCGCGCGGCAGGUACAGAAAACUCUUCGCAGACAGCUCCACUCUCACGCGUGGCUGCAGUGACCGCGGGAAGCUCCUUGCGGACAGCCCCACGCUCGGCGCCCACCAGGGAGCGCACGCCGGGGAGAAGCCCUUCGCGUGUGGCGAGUGCGGGAAGCUCUUCCGCUACCGCUCCACGCUCCUGCGGCACCGCAGAGUGCACACCGGGGAGCGGCCGUUCGCGUGCAGCCAGUGCGGGAAGCUCUUCGUGGAUAGCAGCACCCUGGUGACUCACCAGCGUGUGCACACCGGGGAGCGGCCGUAUGCGUGCGGCCAGUGUGGGAAGCUCUUCCGGUACGGCUUCACGCUUAGCCGGCACCAGCGGCUGCACUCGGGGGAGCGACCGUUCGCCUGCGGCCAGUGCGGGAAGCUCUUUGUGGACGGCUCAGCGCUUAGCAGCCACCAGCGCGUGCACACUGGGGAGCGGCCAUAUGCGUGUGGCCAGUGCGGGAAGCUCUUCCGCUACCGCUCCACGCUGGACACACACCAGAGGGUGCACACAGGUGAGCGGCCCUACGAGUGUAGCGAGUGCGGGAAGUUCUUCAGGCACAACUCCAACCAGAUCAGACACCGCAGGAAUCACCUGGGCGCCAAGCCCUACGCUUGUGGGGACUGUGGGAGAGUCUUCAGCCAGAAUGCCCACCUCACCCGCCACCGCAGAGUGCACACCCGAGAGAGGAGCCAUGUGUGCAGCACUUGUGGGAAGCAGUUCGUGGACAGCGCAGCACUCAGCAGCCACCAGAGGAUGCACACUGGGGAGCGGCCCUUCGUGUGCGCCCAGUGUGGGAAGGCCUUCAGCUACAACUCCAGCCUCAUCAAGCACCGGCGGGUGCACUCUGGGGAGAGCCCUCACCAGGCCGCCCACUGCGGCAGGGCCAUUCCCCUGAAUGCACACCUUGCCCAGCACCAAACGCUUCCUACCAGAUAAACAGCACACAGUACAGGAUGAGUGCAAAGGCUUCUGACAGACAUGUCAUUUAUCACAAAACUUUUCCUACCUAAGGGAAAAGUUAACAUGGUGAUGAAACCGGGGUUAGGCGUCCAUUCACAUUUUUGUGCAAUGAAUGUCCAAAAAGCCCUUUCAUCUUUCUAAACAAAACCCUGUAAACAAGUGAGGCACCGCUGGCUCACACUUUAAUCCUAGCUACUCAGGAGGCUGAGAUCUGAGGAUUGUGGUUCAAAGCCAGCCUGG